CUAUGUCUCUAUCUCUGUGUAUAUUUAACACAGAAACAAAGAAAAGAAAGCUGAGAGGUAAGAAAAUGGUGGGUAGCAAAGACAGUCGAUGGAGUCUUCACGGCAUGACGGCACUCGUCACCGGCGGAACCAAAGGGAUCGGGCAUGCAAUUGUGGAGGAAUUAGCAGGACUCGGAGCAAGCGUACACACAUGCUCUCGAACCGAAUCCGAGCUUGACGAUUGCUUACUCGAAUGGAAAGCAAAAGGUCUCCGUGUGACAGGUUCAGUGUGUGAUGUUUCAGAUGGAGCACAAAGGGAAUCCCUAUUGAACACUGUUUCCUCCGAGUUCAAUGGGAAGCUCAACAUCCUGAUAAAUAAUGUCGGAACGAACAUACUGAAAAUGGUGUCGGAUUACACAGCGGAAGACGUUGCGUUCCUAACGAGUACCAACUUCGAAUCGGCUUAUAACAUCAGCGUACUAGCUUAUCCUCUUUUGAAAGCUUCAGCAGCCGGAAGCAUCGUGUUCAUCUCUUCAAUCGCUUCUACCAUGCCUGCAUAUCUUGCACCUAUAUAUGGAGCCAACAAAGGGGCCUUGGACCAACUUGCUAGAUACUUGGCAUAUGAUUGGGCAGGAGAUAAUAUCAGGGUCAAUACUGUUGCACCUGCCGUGAUCAAAACUCCACUUGCUCAACGUUCCUUUGAAGGUCGUAAAGAAAAAAUAGAGACAACCAUAUGUCGAACACCGAUAGGGCGGCUAGGGGAGCCGGAGGAAGUAUCGGCGAUGGUGGCGUUCCUCUGCCUACCGGCGGCUUCAUAUGUAACAGGGCAGCUUAUAAAUGUUGAUGGAGGAAUGACGACGAAUGGCAUCUACUUUCCACAAAAUAAAAGAAGCAACACAGCCGUGAGUGGAGAGACAGCUCGAGCUUGAAUGUAGUUGGCAAAUUGUGAUGGUUAUAGAUCUGGCGGUACUGAUUGUUUUGAUUUCAUUGUUCUUUAUGUUGCUGGGAUUGCUAAUGAAUUUGGACAAGCAAGUAAUGACGUUGUUACGUGUGCUUUUGCUUUAA